AUGGAAAGCUUUGCUCAAUUCAACCCAAACUUGCCCUUAGUGUUGUUUGUGAAUGGAAAAAAGGUUAUCGAUGCCGCUCCCAAUCCCGAGUGUACUCUGCUGAUGUAUUUGCGUGACAAAUUGCGUCUCUGCGGCACGAAACUCGGAUGCGCCGAGGGAGGAUGCGGUGCCUGCACGGUGAUGGUGUCGAAGGUUGAUCGCAGCACGGGCUCGUUGAAGCAUCUCGCGGUCAACGCUUGUCUUACGCCGGUGUGCUCCGUGCACGGGAUGGCUGUGACAACGGUCGAGGGCAUUGGAAGUACUCGGACGCGCCUCCAUCCCGUCCAGGAGCGCAUCGCCAAGGCACACGGCUCGCAGUGUGGGUUCUGCACUCCGGGAAUCGUAAUGUCGAUGUACUCGUUGCUGCGUAGCUCUCCCGUUCCUUCAAUGAAAGAAAUGGAGGUGGCCUUCCAAGGCAAUCUGUGCCGCUGCACUGGCUAUCGACCAAUCCUGGAGGGAUACAAAACGUUCACCAAGGAGUUCGGCACCAACUGCGCCAUGGGCGAGAAAUGCUGUCGAAAUGGCAAUGGUAACGGCUGUGGACAGAAUGGAGAGAUCGACACUGAGCUGUUUCAACCGAACGAGUUCAUGCCCUAUGAUCCAUCCCAAGAGCCCAUCUUCCCUCCGGAGCUGAAGCUCUCCGACAAAUUCGACUCGGAAUCGCUCGUUUUCCGUACGUCCCGAACCGCGUGGUAUCGUCCCACUCGACUCGACGAUCUGCUGGCUUUGAAAAAGGCCCAUCCGGAGACGAAGAUCGUUGUCGGCAACACGGAAGUGGGGGUGGAAGUGAAGUUCAAACACUUUGAGUAUCCCGUCCUUGCCAAUCCAGUCCAAAUAAAGGAAUUGACGGCGAUCGAGCGCCAAGAGCUUGGCAUCAAGGUAGGAUCUGCCGCCACGCUGAUGGAAAUGGAAAAUGUGCUCCGGAAGGAGAUUGAAACCGGUCCGGAGACUGAGACGUGCUUGUUUCAAGCUAUCGUCGACAUGCUGCACUGGUUCGCAGGCAAGCAAAUCCGCAAUGUUGCCUCCGUGGGCGGGAACAUAAUGACGGGAAGUCCAAUUUCAGAUCUAAACCCCAUUUUCACUGCCGCCGCAAUCGAGCUGGAAGUCGCGAGUCUGGACGGCGGAUUCCGUAAAGUGCGAAUGGGCGAUGGAUUCUUCACUGGCUAUCGUAGGAAUGUGAUUCGACCCGAGGAAGUUCUCGUAUCGCUGUUCAUCCCCCGUACUACCAAAGAUCAACACUUCAUUGCGCAUAAGCAGGCAAAACGACGGGAUGACGACAUUGCCAUCGUGAAUGGCGCGUUCAAUGUUUGCUUUCAGCCGGGCACAGAUGUCGUGCAAGAGAUCCAUCUGGCAUUCGGUGGAAUGGCGCCAACGACAGUUCUUGCCAAGAAGACGGCCGCCGCACUGGUCGGAGCACGAUGGAAUGCACAACUUGUGGAACGCUGCAAUGAUUUGCUUGUGGAGGAGCUUCCACUCAGUCCAUCCGCUCCGGGCGGUAUGAUCGUUUAUCGUCGAUCGCUGACUUUGAGCCUCUUCUUCAAGGCUUACCUAGCGAUCGCCCAAUCGCUGGAUAGACAAAACAUCCCGAACAGGACCCCUGUUGGUGAUCGCGAAAAGAGUGGCGCCAAUACCUUCCAUACACUAGUUCCAAAAAGUACGCAGCUCUUCGAGAAGGUUUCAGGCGAUCAACCAAUUACCGACCCAAUCCGUCGCCCGCAGGUGCAUGCUUCGGCUUACAAGCAAGUCACCGGAGAAGCUAUCUAUUGUGACGACAUCCCCAAGUUUGAAAACGAGCUAUAUCUGGCGUUCGUGUACAGCACGAAAGCGCACGCCAAAAUUGUGUCGAUCGAUCCAUCGGAAGCGCUCAACCUGGAAGGCGUGCAUCGAUUCUUUAGCGCAGAUGAUCUAACCGACGAACAGAACCGCCUCGGUCCAAUAGUCGAAGAUGAACGGGUAUUUGCGAAAGAUAUUGUCACCAGCCAGGGCCAGAUAAUAGGAGCGAUUGCAGCAGAGCAAGAGUCGAUAGCCAAAAAGGCCGCCAAGAAGGUUCGAAUUGUGUACGAGGACAUCGCACCAGUUAUAGUCUCAAUGGAAGAUGCGGUCGCUAGAAAGUCUUUCUUUCCGGAAGGGUCUUUACGCCUGGAGUUCGGUGCGGUGGACGCAGCAUUCCAAUCAGCGUACGCCAUCGUGGAAGGCGAGUGUCGCACAGGCGCUCAGGAACACUUUUACCUUGAGCCGAUCGCAUGUAUUGCUUUCCCGCGUGAUUCGGACGAGUUGGAAAUCAUCAGCUGCAGUCAACAUCCGGCAGAAGCACAACGCAAAGUCGCCAACACGCUGAAUCUGCCUUGUCAUAAGAUAGUUUCCCGGGUGAAGCGGCUUGGUGGAGGCUUUGGCGGUAAAGAAACAAAGGUUGACCUUUUUGUCACACCCGUCGCACUGGCCGCUUAUCGCUUGCAGCGCCCUGUUCGGUGUGUCUUGGAUCGAUGCGAUGACAUGGGUGCUACCGGAACUAGACAUCCAUUUUUGGUACAGUAUCGCGUGGCCGUGUCGAAAGAUGGGUUGCUUCUAGCCGGUGAAUAUAAAGCAUAUUGCAACGCGGGAUAUUCGAGGGAUUUGUCCUACUCAGUAAUGCAGCGUGCACUGUUGCACAUUCAAAAUGCUUACAAAAUACCAAACGUUCGCAUUGAAGGCUGGGUUUGUAAAACCAAUCUACCAUCCUGUACAGCAUUCAGAGGAUUCGGAUCUCCACAGGCGAUGAUCGUAGCGGAAACUGUUAUACGCCAUGUAGCACAGCAGCUGCAACUUGAUCAUGUCGGUUUGAUCGAGCGAAAUUUGUACAAUGAUGGCGGUGAUCGUACCCACUACAACAAGCUUAUAGACAAUUGUACUGUGCGAAGGUGUUGGAAUGAGCUUCUCGACUCGUCCGAAUUCCGUAAACGGCAGGCUCAGGUGGACAGCUUCAACCAAGCGAACCGAUGGCGCAAACGUGGAAUUGAUGCAGUCCCAACGAUGUACGGCAUUGCCUUCAACGUACCCGGUCUCGACCAAUCCGGAGCGUUGGUGCAUGUCUAUCAGGAUGGAACCGUACUAAUAGCACACGGUGGUGUUGAAAUGGGACAAGGAUUGCAUACGAAAAUGAUUCAGGUUGCAGCCACCGCCCUGCAAAUACCCUUCGAUAGGAUCCACUGCUAUGAAACAUGCACGGACAAGGUUCCAAAUACCUCGGCGACAGCCGCAAGCGUGGGCUCGGAUUUGAACGGUGCUGCGGUCUUGGAAGCAUGCAACAAACUUCUAUCGCGUUUAGAACCCUACCGGAAGACGGAUGCCACAGCCGGCUGGACUGUGUGGAUCAAGCAAGCCUAUCUUGAUCGGGUUUCGCUUUCUGCCACCGGGUUCUACGCUACACCGGACAUUAAUUACAACUUCACUACAAAUUCGGGCAAUCCCUUUCAUUACUACACAUUCGGUGCCGCAUGUUCGGAGGUGGAAAUCGAUUGUCUCACCGGAGAUCAUCAGGUAUUGCGCACAGAUAUCGUGAUGGAUGUGGGUUCGAGCAUAAACCCCGCCAUUGACAUUGGCCAAAUCGAGGGAGGAUUCAUGCAGGGGUAUGGCCUGUUCAUGAUCGAAGAAAUGGUCUACUCUCCGCUGGGAGAAGUGUACACGCGAGGUCCCGGCACCUAUAAGCUGCCCGGUUUCGGCAACAUUCCUGGAGAGCUGAACGUAUCUUUGCUGACCGGUGCUCCGAAUCCGCGGGCCGUAUAUUCAUCGAAAGCCAUCGGAGAGCCACCGCUAUUUUUAGCGUCGUCUGUAUACUUUGCAGUUAAGGAUGCAAUUGCAGCUGCACGGAAGGAGGAAGGAAUCGUAGAUAAUUUCCACUUGAUUGCGCCUGCGAGUGCAGCUCGUAUUAGAAUGCUUUGUAGCGACAACAUUACACGCAAGUUUAACGAGGACAGUACCGGGGAAUCGUGGAACGUUAUGGCAUAA